CCCAGCACACAACCAGAGUCGGUGAAAUACUCAUCCGGAACUUUACCUAAUAGUGACAUUUAGCUCCAGAAAAUGUAGUUUAUGAAAUGAAUCGUAACAAAACAUACAUUAACAAUGUGCACUUUAUAAAAUAUAUUAAAAAUUAACUAAAAUAAAUUCCAUACAGUAACAAUGUGCGCUUAACAAAAGUGUAAUUUUGGAUCUACUUCUUGUUUUUUUGGACUCCGACUUGUUGCAUUUGAAAGCAUCAAUUCUGCGCAGGUAUUGCGCAUAUCGUGGUUUCUCGUCGUUUCUGAUCUCCACCACAUUUUUGUGUGACAAGAAAACACAUGUUUCUGACAUUUUAUGUUCAGAUUGAAAUAUUGUUUCCUUAUCCAGUACUAUUACACUUGCCAGAAGUCAUGCUUCAGCAUCUAGAUGAAGACACUACAAUGCAGGCAGUAUGUUUCAAAGAACCAGGUGGACCAGAGAAGCUGUAUUUAGGACGAGUUCCCAAACCUGAACCUAAAGAUGGGGAAGUCCUCAUUAAAGUCUAUGCAACAGCUUUAAACAGAGCUGAUGUGUUACAGAGGAGAGGUCUUUACCCAGCUCCUCCAGGAGCAAGUGAGAUCCUUGGUUUGGAGGCUGCUGGGGUGAUCACUGGUUUUGGCCCUGGACUCCAGAGGAAUUUUAAUCUAGGUGAUAAGGUCAUGGCUUUGCUUUCUGGUGGUGGAUAUGCACAGUAUGUAGCUGUGCCUGAGGAACUUCUCAUGCCAGUACCUUCGCAUCUCACUCUCUAUGAGGCUGCAGCAAUCCCAGAGGCCUGGCUGACCGCCUACCAACUUCUGCACUUAAUAGCCCAAGUUAAGGAAGGAGAGUCCGUGUUAAUUCAUGCUGGAGCAAGUGGAGUUGGCACUGCUGCCAUUCAGCUUGCUUAUCUAUUUUGCGCCAUUCCAUUGGUGACUGCUGGAAGCCCUGAUAAGUUAAAGCUUGCAGAAAAACUGGGUGCAGCUGCUGGGUUCAAUUACAAAGAAGGGGAUUUCUCUGAUCAGGUUCUGCAGUUCACUCAAGGCAGAGGGGUUGAUAUUAUCCUUGACUGCAUAGGUGGAUCUUAUUGGGAGAAAAAUGUGCAUAGUUUGGCUAUGGAUGGAAGAUGGGUGCUCUAUGGUGUUAUGGGGGGGAAAGCAGUGGAUGGAGACUUGCUUGGCAAACUUUUAUUUAAGCGCGGCCACAUUCUUAGUAGUCUCCUCAGGUCACGGAAUCUACAGUAUAAAGCUGAACUAGUCAGGAGCUUCACUGAACAGGUUUUGCCACACUUUCAGUCAACAGACCUGCUCACAUCACUGAGGCCUAUAAUCGAUACAGUGUUCAACAUGGAAGACAUUACUGAAGCACACAGACACAUGGAGGCCAACAAAAAUACUGGAAAAAUCAUAAUCAAGGUUUCAGAGACGUGAUGUUUCUUUAUACUGAUUAUGCUUAGGUCAUGCACAUUUUAAAAUGCAUGCAUCUGUAGAACACUGAGAAGGAUUUUUAUGAUAUGUAAUAAAGAUUAAAGAUCAAAUUCAUAA